AUGGCUGUCAAUUCAAAACUUGUGCAGGAAUCUCCGUCACUAUGGGCCCGAUUGAAGGAUAUCGUCCUACCGCCCAUUUUCUGGAUCGCUAAUCGGCUGGAUUCAUUUUUGAUUGUCAGAGUGUUUUUUGUCGUUCCUAUGGCGGUGGCAUGGGCUGUCUGGUAUUUUUGGACGAAUGUAGGGACGUUUAUCAAGAAUGUGUACUUGAGGAUCACAGGCGCAAGUGAGAGGAAAAAGAUGGAAAAGAAUGCUCAGAAAGCCCUCCAGCAAAAGCACCGCUCCACCGAGUCUUUCAAAUUUCCCUCCGAUCAUAUCAUUCGCACUCCCGAAUACAGAUUCGAGCGGCUGGCAGAUUGGAAAUUUACGCCACGCUAUUUCGAGGUUAAGGGCCUUCGUGUACACUAUGUGGACGAAGGCCCUCGGGAGGGAGACCAGAAUUGGUCUGGCGAGACGAUUGUGCUUAUGCAUGGAAAUCCUACAUGGAGUUAUAUGUAUCGUAACGUCAUCCCCGUACUGGCUGAAAGAGGACAUCGAGUCCUGGCAUUAGACUGGAUUGGAAUGGGCCGAUCAGACAAACUAGUAGACGAAUCAGACUACGAUCUGGAUCUGCACAGAGAUACCUUCAAAAUAUUCGUUUACAACCUUAAACUAAAGAACCUAACGUUGGUUCUUCAAGAUUGGUCGGGCCCGAUCGUUCUUUUAUCCCUUCCGGAUCUUCCGUCGAAUACCGCUUCUCGCCUUUUGAUAACUGAUACCUUUCUACCUCCCGAGAAGAUCAGCGAUGCAUCGUUGAGUGCCAUGGCGCUGAUAUUCACUUGGCUCGUAUACACUACUACUUUUGGGCACUUCAUGACUGUAUCUGGCGUUAUACGCUUCAUGGCCCCACAUGUUAAAAGCGCGGCAGUCGAAGGAUACACCGCGCCGUUUCCUUCCUAUAAAUAUGAAGCUGGCGUACGAGUCUUCCCGAAAUUGUGUCCAUUGCCGUACGCGAGAUCACCCGUCGUCAAAGCUUACGCACCCCGCGUACUGCCUGGUGUAUCAUCCCAGAUUGAAAAGGCGGCGCAUGUGGGAGCUUCGUUAGACCGGUUCAGGGCCUUUGCAAACGGGUUCAAGAAUCCUGUGGGGGUUGUGUAUGGAGAGCACGAUGACUUGUUCAAGGACGUGAGGAAGGUCUUCCUGAGCAAGGAGUUAUUCCCUGAUGAAGCCUUCUCGUGGAUAGGUCGAAAGGUUGUGGUCAUCAGAUCGGCUGGACACUACUCGCCUGAAGACAAACCGGAUGUCUUCACCGAGAUUCUGCUUGAUUUUCUCCGGGGAGAGAAGCCAAGCACAGGACUUCCAAUUGUCCUUGCCAAUCAAUGA